AAAGUCCACAGUCUUCAGUCAGUUGCUACGAAGGUUGAAAGCUCUCGUCACGUUGUCCGUUCAACUUUCAACUAGCUUAAUUAAGCUCGGAGCUUUCUCGUUGUUUAUGCCACAGUGGACCAGAUUUAGUGAAGUUUAAAGUUGUUUGUUUAUUAUUUGUUUGUUUUGUUAUUAAGUGACGAAAAAACAACGUUUUGAAUAACCGGCAAAAGGGAUGAUUAGAAAAUAGUUUUCCUUCUCCAUCUUCGACCAUGUUCCAUACAAGCGGUGGUGGUGGAGGAUACAGCGACGGCAACGCGGGUUUCCACCAGCAUCUGCAGCAAUCUCCCGUUUACGUUCCAAGCAGUAGAGCAGUGCCCCAGUAUCCUUCUCCUGCGAGUGGGCAUUUCGGGGCUGCUGCUCACCAGAGUAGUUGGGCUCACGCUGGUGGAACGUACGGCGAAAUGGCAGCCCCAUCUGCACACACUUUGGGGACUUCGCCACAUGCUGGUGCUUUAUCAGCUGGGCAGUUUUAUGCCCAGAAUAUGAUGAUGAGCUCGUGGAGAGCCUACGAUGGGACUGGAUUUCAAAGGACGUCUCCGUAUGACGGAAGCAUGGAGUUUCAGUUCGGCGAGGGGCGCGAGUGUGUAAACUGCGGCGCCAUUUCGACGCCGCUAUGGCGUCGCGACGGCACGGGCCAUUAUUUGUGCAAUGCUUGUGGGCUUUACCACAAAAUGAACGGCAUGAACCGACCACUAAUAAAACCAUCAAAACGAUUGGAUUUUUCGUUCCAGACGGCGACCCGGAGAUUAGGGCUGUGCUGCACGAACUGCGGGACGCGGACGACGACAUUAUGGCGUCGGAACAACGACGGAGAACCUGUUUGUAACGCCUGCGGAUUAUACUUUAAAUUACACGGCGUGAACCGACCUUUAGCCAUGAGGAAGGACGGCAUACAAACACGCAAACGCAAACCGAAGAAGCCUGUUGGCGGGGAACGUGAUGAUAGCAGCUCCGCCUCCGUUGAAGAAACAAAAUCUCUCGUUCACCAAUCCUCGCAACAACACUCGUCGCAAUCUCAAUCGCAAACCCAUCACAACCAUCAGCUCGACAAAUCAUCGCCGGUGGAGCGCCCAUAUCUGGGCCAAACCUCCCUCUUACCUGCCACAAGUACAAGUGCCAUCAAAAGCGAGCCCGGGUACGAAUACAGCUGCAUACAGAACCAGCCGUCGUAUCCUUACCAACAAAUAUUUGGGUUUCCUGGUUCGGCCAACAGCAGCGGGGAGGUUGCCUACCACCACCAACACCACGUUACUGCCGCCGCCAAACUAAUGGCCUCGUCUUAGUCUAAUGGUAUUUUUAUGGACUUUGUAAGUGCUUUCAAACAACAAUUUUGCUUAAGUCUUAUAAAUACUCAGGUCGAAACUUCAUGAAUGACGAAAUUUUUGAAACAUUGAGAGUGAAACGAUGAGUUACAACAGUGUUGAGAGACAACUGAAAUCUUCUUGUAUGUUCGUGAUCACUAAAAACUUAGUGAAUUUAUUUAUGUGAUCGUAGGAAUAGUUGUGUAUUUAUUGAUUUUAUAGAAUUGUUUAAAUUAUUGUAUCCACCUAGUUAUUGUUAUAAGCCGUCGCUUUAUUUCUAUUAUUAAUUUAUAAUGCUUAAAUGUAACAAGUAUUCCAGGACAACAACAGUAUUCUGGCCAAAAUUUUAUUCGACUGAACGUUUUUCAAUUUUUUAGUGCAAUCCUGAAUGUUAUGUAAUAAUAUUAUUUGCUUAUUAGUUAAAAUUUAAAAUUGUCAUGUGUUUAAAUCAUUCAAGCUCAUAUUGAGCCGAACUACAACAAAAUAAAUAAAUAACUUCACUCCCUCGGUCUUUUUCGCUGUAAAUAUUGACUAAUUACGUGGUUUCCCGUACUAAAAGUUUUCAAAAAAUUGUAGUUGCACUGUUCUAAAAUAAAUAAUUGUAAAUAUGUGCGUCUGUUUAAUGUUAAAAAAUGGAAGUGUAAAUAUUACUUUUAUUAUUAAAUUGUACUAGUAAAAUAUAAUAAACAUGUGACAUACAUAUACUA